AUGUCACCAACACUAUCACCCGAAGAAUUAGAAAAGAAAGCAGAUUCCUAUUAUAAGAAGAGUGGGAGUUUCUUUUCUCGACUUCUUUCACAAGUAGAUCUACCACAUGCUGCCGAUCUCUAUAUUCAAGCCGCCCAGGCCUACGGAAAUGCCAGUAAUUACACUAAAUCAGCCGAACUUUUCUACAAGGCCGCCGAGAUUCUAUUUGGCGAUGGUAAAGAAGAGUCUAUGUAUGAAUCCUCUUCGGCUUUUGUUAAGGCAGCUGAGGCAUACUAUAUUGUUGAUAAAGAUAUGUGUACAGUUGCUUACGGCCGAGCUUUUGAUGUAGCAACUAUGCACAUUCGUGAUUUCUCUAUGGCAGCUAUUCUAGCAGUUAAAACAGCUAAGUCCUUCCUUGAGCUCAAGAAAGAUACAACUGCUUUAGAGUAUCUUUAUAAGGCUGCUUCUUUGUAUGGCCAGGCUAAGAUGUGUAUCAAUCGUCGUAAUAUUCUAGUGCAAUGUGCUGAACUAGAAAUGCGACGCAAGAACUAUGAAAAGGCCUUUGAGUUGUACAAGGAACUAUCUGAGGACAACAGUGCCUUAGGCCAAGUGAUUGAGAAAACAAGUUUCUUCUUCUGUGCUAUUCUUUGUGGCAUUAUUGUCGGUCGUACGGAUGAAUGUUCAGCGAUUAUGAACCAAAUGGACGAGACACGAAUUGAAACUAAGAUUAUCUACCAAAUGAUGCGUACUAAGACGACUUCACAAGCAGCUAGUGAUGAACUAGAAAAGAACAUUACUUACUUCCGCAAGACGCACAAAGUCUCUCCUGAAGUGAUUUCUGCCCUACAGGAUGUGCAGAUGUCUAUUGAUCCUAAUAAUGACAUACUUUAA